AUGUCUUUACUUUUAGCGAUAGAAAAUAAGUGUCGUAGAAGAGAGUCUCUCGGUAGCAGUGCAGUAGUCACGAAACCCAAGAGAAGAGCGCCUUUAUUGAAGAGAAAAGCUCUCACAACAGGGUUCUUCGAUAACAAAGGAAAAGACGACAAGGAAAAGGAUUCGUCAGGUGGCCUGGUAUUUGGCAUACCGCUCUCGCAGUGUUUGGAGAACGACAGGAUCGCCCGAAUUGCUGCUGGCGAGAUCGUCGACGUCGGUUGCCUGUCGAGGAGCAGCAGACACGGCAGCAGGACGAGUUUCACGAGCCUAAUCGAACCGACUGUCGCAGCAAAGACCGACGAUGGUGGCUCGUGCGAGUCUCUGUCGUCGAAAGGAGCUCUGACUGGAAGCGAUUCUGGAGUCCUGGAACUCAGCGACAGCGGUGGAGGGGGCCCUCCAGGAGAAUGGGACGCUGUACCAGCAGUGGUCAGACAAUGCAUCAGGCAUUUGGAAAACACGGGACUUCGAACGUUAGGCGUAUUUCGGGUGUCGCCAUCGAAGAAGAGAGUGAGACAGUUAAGGGAAGACUUCGAUUGCGGCCGUGAGACAAAAAUUGGCCCCGAUCAAUGUCCUCAUGACGUUGCAGCCCUGUUGAAAGAGUUUUUUCGGGAUCUGCCAGAUCCUCUACUUUGCAGGGAUCUGUACCAAGCCUUCGUUCACACACAAAAGAUCCGGAACAGGCGACUUCAGCAAGAAGCUCUUCAGCAUCUCAUUCAGCUGCUGCCCACGCCGAACCGCGAGACUCUCUGGGCACUUUUGAACUUUCUCAGUGUGGUGGCGGCGAACAGCGACGAUCAGAAGACCGAAGCUGGUGACUGGGUGCCCGGGAAUAAAAUGGACUCGACUAACUUGGCGACAGUAUUCGCACCAAACAUCCUCCAUUGCGUGAAACCUGGACAAAGGUCUGAGGUGUCCGUUGAGAGGGCGGAAGAGAGAAUAGACGUAAUAAACGUGGUGAGAGCACUUCUGGAACACACAGCAACGUUGUUCAUGGUUCCAGCCGCCCUUUUGGAUGAAGUGUACUUGCACAUGAUGGACACGCAUCCAGCCGAAUUGGAUCUCGCUCUCUCUCGUCGUGCCGACGAGCAGUGCGGAGACGAGGGGGACCCGUGUAGCGAAGCUGAAACCUUUUCGAUUGAGGAGACCCUGACUACAUCGACUACGACCACAACAGGGACGACGACGUCAACGAGAAAGGUGUGGACGAGAGAGCAGUGUCUACACCAAACAGCUGGCAUAGGUGGAGACAUAGGUCCAAGGCCGCGACGGUCAAAGAGGCCCGGAAGUCGCAGAAAGGAGGAAGGCAGAAGUAACAGCGUGGAUAGUGGUUCUAGCGAGGAUCCAGCAGAUCCUCGAAGGAGAUCCUCGCCCAUGGUAAUCACCGCUAGUCUCACCAUACCAAUGUCCGGUCCGUUCACGUUGAACCUCGACGAUCCGGACAUUCCUUACAUCGAAGAAACACCCAAGCAACCCAGCGCCCCGCCAAGAAGACAGAGGCAGCGUUCGAUUUCUGGUUGUAGCGAAGGUGGUAGGCAUGGAAGCGACAGCGCGGUGGGUUCUUCCGCUACUUUGUCAGGGGACCAGGCACCUAGUUCGCCACCUUCGUGGGCAUCCUCGCCCCCAGCGAGUCCUGACAGCGCCGUGACCGCGGUUUCGUAUAUACCUGACCAGCAAGCAGUUCUCCAAAGGGUUUCAUUUACAACUUCGAGCGAGGUGCGUCAAGUGAGCAGGUCAAACAAUCAGGAGACGUCAAGGAGCGCCGCGGCGCCCUACACGCCUAGCAUCACCAGCAUCGGUGGCGCGGUUCUCAGGUCGAAGACCGCAGACAUCGAGAGGAUGUUGCACAUCUCGAGGCCUGACGCUGGCAUGAGCCUUUCACAGCCGAGCAAAACCAGUUCCUCGAUUUCCUCGGAGAGCAAAAAGUAUACCAAGAGACGUUAUACCGAUUCGAGGCACCAGACUCGUCACAUCCCUGAUUCUGACACCCUGGCAGGGAAAACCACGUCGUCGAGUGGUUCCUCGUCCUCUGCAGCGAUGUCCUCCUCAUCCUCGUUAACUGGAGCUCAAAAUCAACGCGCCGGGGCGCAGCCAGUCUGGAAACGACGGGAACUCAUUUCCAGCGCGCCCAAGGACAGAGAAAGAUACUUCUGAACAGGGAU